CGCCCCUCCGUUGCCAUAACAACAAUACACAACGCCUCCGUCCCUUUUCCAUCUUCCGAAACAAUCCUUCACUGGGGCCAAGGCCUCUCCAGCAUUGCUUGAAGAGGACCCAGCUUGAUCGGACGCCAGCCUUCAGCAGGGAAGAAAGAUGUCAGAUGAAGACGAUCUGGAAGAUUUUGAGCCAGACCAGGAUGAUCUGGAAAGGGAGGAAGAUGAGAAGGAGACAGAAGAGUGGGAAGAUGACAGGAAAGAGGAGGAAGACUUAUCAGAGGAAUGGCUGCCGACCCCCCUCACCGAGGACAUGAUGAAGGAAGGGCUUUCUUUGCUCUGUAAGACCGGCAAUGGAUUGGCCCAUGCUUACGUCAAGCUGGAGGUUAAAGAGAGAGAACUGACAGACAUCCACUUGCUGCGUUCCUACAUCCACCUGCGUUAUGUGGAUAUUUCUGAGAACCAUCUGACAGACGUGUCCGCACUCAAUCACCUCACCCACUUGCUCUGGCUCAAGGCUGACGGCAACCGGCUACGGAGUGCCCAGUUGAAUGAACUGCCUUACCUGCAGAUUGCCAGUUUUGCCUAUAACCAGAUCACUGACACUGAGGGCAUCUCUCAUCCUCGUCUGAGCAUCCUGAAUCUCAAAGGGAACCACAUCCGCUUGGUGACAGGUCUGGACCCCGAAAAGCUGAUCAGCCUGCACACACUGGAGCUUCGAGGGAACCAACUGGAGAGCACAAUGGGAAUCAACCUUCCUAUGCUGAAGAACCUCUUCCUGGCCCAGAAUAUGUUGAAGAAGGUGGAAGGCUUGGAGAACCUAAAGAACCUCACUACCUUGCAUCUUAGAGACAACCAGGUUGACACUCUGGAUGGCUUCUCCGAGGAAAUGAAAUCACUGCAGUACCUCAACCUGAGGGGCAACAUGAUCUCCAACCUGCAGGAGCUCACCAAGCUUCGGAACCUGCCCAAGCUUCGAGCCUUGGUGCUGCUGGACAACCCGUGUACAGACGAGAAUGACUACCGCCAGGAGGCCCUGGUGCAUAUGCCACAACUGGAGCGUCUGGACAAGGAAUUCUUUGAGGAGGAGGAUCGGGCUGAGGCCAAUGAGAUUCGUCAGAGGAUGAAGGAGGAGCAGGAGCAGGAUGCUGAGGCUGAUAUAGGACCGGACCAGCCAUAGAUGUAGCAGCAGUUCUUCUCGCCUUCGCGGAUAGGGAUCAAAGACGCUGGCCCCAAGACCUGAGAGGCCUCCAUUGCCCGGGUCUGCCACAGGCAGGCCCUCAUCCGGAGACAGAGGCUGACCUCUCAGCCCUGACCUGGGGGUUCAUCACACCUGCCGCCCAGGCUCUGUGUGGGCACCUGGGCCGAGGGGUGGGUGGGCUCGAGCUCAGCCUGGAGCCUGGAAGUGGGCAUCCUUCAGGCCGAUCCGGUUGCCUGCGGAACAGCUCGGUUUUCGAAUAA